AUGUCGCCAAUCCAUGAGGUUAUCAGCUCAGCAGCACAAUUUUCCAGAGCUGCUGAGUUUCAGGCUCAUGCCUCGCACUUGAUAAACGAAACAGAAUCAUAUCGGGAGCUUGUGUAUACGGACGUCCCCAAGGAUUGGGGGUGGGAGAUUGUUGACCAUCUUAACGACACCGUCGUGAGACCAUGCCGGAAACACUACGAUUCAGCCAAACGCGUCUUUUGGGUUCGUGUAAUGCCAGAAGAGAUUCACGACUGUCAUCAAAAGUGGUGGCAUGAUCAGCUAUGCAGCUGGAUUUCAACCAGACAACUGGCCCCAAAUGACCUGUUAGACCUUUGGCCCGGGGCAGGAACCACCUUCAGCUGUUUUCAGGGCGAGUACGUGGGCUCCCGUCACGAGCCUGACUUUUUUUUGCGAUGGGGCACCAUCCGCAUGCCAAAGUUCGUCAUCGAGACUGGAUGGAACGAAUCCUGGAGUAGACUACAAGACGAUAUGAACCUCUGGCUUGUGGGCGGAGCUGGGGAUGUUGGUGGGGUGCUGUUGUUGAAAUGGCACAAGGUUGGUAACUCGAACAAGGUCCGAGGCAAAGCAGAGCUCUAUGGCUUGGAUCAAAAUGGAAUGCCGGUACGCAAGGAGUCCAAGAUCAUAUUUCCCGUACCCCCACAGCCCAACAAUAUCCUUGAUCAGAUCUCCCUCCCACGGCGCAUUUUGUUUGGUCCAGGUAGCCAGGGAGUACUUGACUGGAACAUGAAUGACCUUCGACGGAUCGCAACUACUGCCCUUGGCUUCAUGAGUCUUGUACCAGCCUAA